CUAUGACAUUAACGAAAAGUCAAUUAUAGUAAAAAAACUUUUGUUUAUUUAUUUUAUUGCGGAUAAAUUAAGUGCAAAAAAUUUUAAGGAUAUAAGAACUAAAGAAAUGUUAGGAAGAACCAAAUUAUGUCUUCAAUUGAUUCGCAAAUUAAAAAACAUCAGCAUUUGUCCACGAAUCCGAUGUUUUCACGAUAAACGUGAGGAAGAUCAGAUUAUAAGGGAAAAUCCUUUUUCAAGUUCAAUUAAGGAAAAGUAUAUUAUUUACAAAGAUGAGGAUUCAGUUGAAAUAUUUGAUUUCGAAGAAGAGAAAAAUCAAGAUGCAAUAGAUUUGCCAGAGGCACAUGUUAUCCAACGUAAUGAAGAAGGAUUAAAUUUAAAACGUGGAAUUACAGGAGUUUAUGAUAUUGAAGACCUUGUGGAUAUAUUAGAAAGAGAAAAUGCACUGAAUAUAUUUGUAUGUCCAGUGUCAAAGGAUUUAAACUAUGUAGAUUUUAUGUGCAUUGCAACAGGGAGAAGUUAUAGACAUAUGUUAGCAAUCGUUGAAUACGUUAGAAAAAUUUAUAAAAGAAAAAGUGGACCUAAUGACAUUUUACCUAAAAUAGAAGGAAAAAAUUGCGAAAAUUGGAUGGCAAUGGAUUUAGGGAAUAUUGCUUUACAUAUUUUUAGUGAAGAAGCGAGAGAGAAAUAUGAUCUGGAAACGUUGUGGACUUUAGGACCAGAAUUUGAUGACAAAGAAAAACAUAACUAUAAAGAAGAUUAUGUAGAUUUAUAUGAACAAUAUACGAGGUAUAUCGACGAAGAUGAUAAUAAAAAUAAAACUAAGAAAAUUGAAACCUAAAAAAUACAAAAAUUAUUUCACUUUUUGUUAAUAAAAAUUUUACUUCGAAAAUAAAGUUUUAUUUAAAACAAAU